AUGACACUGUACGGUGCCCUGAUAUGGGUGGACGCACUCACCACUCAAAAUCGGGCCCUCCUGCGGAAGCCGCAGAGGGUCAUAGCGGUGAGGGCGAUCAGGGGGUAUCGUACGGUGUCCUGGACAGCGGCGACCGUCCUCGCGGGCGAUCCACCCUGGGAACUUCAGGCGGAGGUGCUCGCGGAGGUGUUCUGCUUCCGGGCCGAGGGGAGCGAACGCGGCGACCGUCCAGGGUCGCAAACCAGCUAUCGGAAAAGCCGCGGAGAGAGGAGUGCCGGUGGGACGAACCUGCGCGCGCGCCACCCGCGCGUAUUUAUUCGCAAGGCCACGCCAACGCCGCGCCAGUGCACAGACGACACUCGCACGCGGUAUACGAUCAUAGUGUUCAGGAUACCGCACCGCCGCGAUUAA